CCACAGAGUGAAUUCAUUUGUCAGCCAAGCAGCAGCACUCCAGCAUCCAGCAUCCAGCUUUCAGCUUCCAGCAGUUCUCCAAAACUCCGAAAAGAAUGGCACAAAAAGUGAUCCUUGUAUUGAGCGCCCUGGUGGCCGCUGCCAUGGCCGUUGUGGUGCCGGGUCCUGGCCUCGGCUACCCAGCGUACCCAUCGUAUCCUGGACUGGGCGGACCGGCACUGCUGCCCAAGCUGGCCGCACCGGUGUACCCCGCCCUGGCCAAGGUGGGCAUUGCCAAGGUGGCUGCCCCGGAGCCAUACGAUCCCAAUCCACAGUACAGCUUCAGCUACGAUGUUCAUGAUCAAUCCACUGGGGACGUGAAGAGCCAGCAGGAGUCCCGCAGCGGCGAUGUGGUCCAGGGCGCCUACUCCCUCAUCGAGGCCGACGGAACCCGCCGCAUUGUGGAGUACACCGCCGAUCCCGUCCACGGAUUCAAUGCUGUCGUCCAUCGCGAGGGAGCUGUGGUGAAGGCUGUGGCCCCCGUGGCCAAGGUCCUGGCACCGGCACCACUCCUGCACGCCGCUCCUCUGGUGGCCAAGUUGCCCGCCUACGGUCCAGCUCUGGCCCCGGCCUAUGGACAUGCUCUGGCUCCCGCCUACGGCCAUGGCCUGGCUCCCGCAUACGGCCAUGCUCUGGGUCCUGCCUAUGGCCCGGCACUGCCCAAGCUGGCCUUGCCCGCUCUGUCGCCCUUGGGCUAUCACUAAGUCAACGAACCGAUCAGCCGACGAUCAGCACUUGCCGACCCCUCGCCGAAACCCUAAACGGACACAUCGCGACAAACCUCUCCUCCACGUGACCCCUUGACCCAUGGACCCGCAAGGGCUGGGGGUCACGGCCCGAUCGUAGUCGAUAGUAGUAGUAUUAGUUGAAAUGAAAGCGAUAUAUCGGAAUAUGUACAUACGAAUUCACCGGCGCACGGAUCAGGAUUCCGGAUUCCAGUUUCCAGCUUCCAGAUUCCGGAUUUGCAGACUCCGGACUCGGCUUCGGAUCCGGUUUCGGCGUCCCCUCAUCUACACUCACACAUUCUCGAGAUCUUUCAUUUAUGUUUCUUGUCUUCUUAAUCUUAAGGCUGUUUGACCGCGAUAAAAACACUCUAUAAACCCCCAAAACAUUCAAUAAUUAUUCUUAUUCUCAUUUAAUCGGAGAAGCCUGUUGUACAGAGUCUACCACGAGUGUUGUAGAGCAUGCCGAGCGAGAAACUAAAUUAGAUUGCAAUAAAAUGAGCCGAAACUAUGCAAAUGGAAAGCCACAAAGUUGUUGGAUUACUUUCUUAGGAU